AUGUUGGAGGACGGCCGCGAGACAACAGAAGGCAGUGGGUGGUACCGAGCGGUGUGGACCGGUUGUCGUGCUGUGUCUGAGGGGUACGUGGAAGCUGACGGUCGUUACUCCCGCAGUGACCUCGUGGGACGAGGGUGGACUCCGCCUGGCUCGCCCCGCGGUGCAGCCGUGGCUGCCGUGUGGGUGGGUCGAGACCCCGCCCGUCGUGGAACGUUGGUGUCAUUGGCGGUAUUCUUACGAACCGGGGGUCGUGGAGUGCGUGGGGGGGGGGGGGACGUGAGCUACCCGUGGAAAAGCCGUGGCGGCACACCGUUGGAAAGGUUACGUGGUAUACCCUUGGGGGGGACCAUGUGGCAGGUUGCCCCCCCCCCCGUUCCUGUGUCACCAAUUACAGCCUGGUGGUAG